CGCGUGGGAGCCCGAGCUCAGAGCUCACAGCUGAAUAAGAGAGGCGAGAGCGAAUGCGUUAACUGAUACGAUUAUACGCGUGCGGAAAUCGAAAAUCUAUUCAGAUAUGCGUCGCGAAGUAUUUUGCGGUGACUCGAACUGAAAUGAGGUUAUUGGGACAGGAAUAUUUUGUUUUAUCCCACUGUUAGGAAGAGGUUUGACUUCAUGCUUUAAAACCGCACGUUACUAAAGAUAGUUUUAAACGACGCGUCGCGUUUUUCAGAAUCUAAAGUCAGAAUUUCGCGUUCAAUGUUGCCAAGUUGAGCUUCAAAGCAUCCGUGACUUACAGAUUAUUCGGGGAAAUGUAUUAUUUUCAAAGUUUUCUCUCGUUUUCAGCUGUACUUAGACUUUGCCUAUUCAUGUAAUACUGUAAUGUUUUGAAAAUUGUCUUCAAGGAUCGUAGACGUCAGUGAGUGUGUGGGUAAAAUGUGACUCUUUGGGAGCUGUUUUGGUGUUUGCUGAGCUGGAGACGGGAGGAUUGUGCAGCUGCAGUGAGCUGGAACAGCAGUGGAGGCGGUACAGACAUCCUGACUCCAUCCCGUGGAGAACUCAUCAACUUUCUGCCAACUUUAGACUGUUUUCUUGCCAUUAUCUUUGUUAUCUUUGUGACAAGAGGAAAGCAAGCGUAGAAGUUGCUGUAAAGUGCUGCAUUGGGGAUGUAGUUAUGUUCUUAUUUAGUGUUAAAAAAUGCAUAGGUAAAGAUGUUCGUAAUUAAACCGCUCUGACGAACUUAAAAGCUUUUGUUUAUUCUAAAAAAAAAAAGAAAGAAAGAAAAGGAGGAUGGGGGGCACCAUUCACUUGCAUUGUUAAUAUUUAAUAGAACUAAGACGAUUGCUCUUUUUCAUGCAUAAUAACGCAUGCAUGACUAACAAAGGCGUUCCACCUCGUGCACAUUCUGAUAAAGGUCGAGGUAACUUCAGGUUACUACUCUUUCCACAUUCGUUUCAAAACUCUUGAAAGGGCCAGGAGUUCUCCAAAGGAAUGCAAAUCGAUGCAGGUGUGCGGGCCUGGAGCGCAGGAGAGCUGAGGUGACGAACUGAACUCCGAUCUCUCAGCGCCCGGGCCCCAUUGAUCAGCUGAGAAGCAGCGCUAACUAACUGCCCCCGUCUCCAUAGCAGCCGCCUGGACGGCGCCGCGAGGACUGGCUGGAGGGCCGCUGUGAAUGGGUGACGUCACGGGGCUGGCGCCAGAGAGUCUGCGAGAGCGUGAGCUCGCGGCGCUGCUCUGUAUUGCUGCUUUGCUUGGUGCCAAUUCAUCACCUGUCAGGGAUCAGCCAGGCUGUCAUGCGAAAUGUACACAGCUGUGAGAACAAGAAGGGACCAGGGGGAAAAUGGAAAAAGCCAGUUGCGGCAGAUGCGGACAAGACCACGAUGGUCUUAAGUCUGAUGUUUUUAAAUGCGCGAGACCCCGACGGGCUUUCUUGCGCUCGCGGAAUGCAGUUUUUGUGCAGUGCGAAAAUCGCGAAAGAUUUCCUUUACAUUGCAGUACUGAAAAAAACAUAUCUUGGUGUAGUAUAUCUGAAUGGAGCUGACAUUCACUUCAUUUUCUAAGGAGUGAUAAUGAGAUUGCUCGAGGUGCAUUCCGACACAUCAACACGACUGCAUUCCGACGCAUUUCUCCAAACAUCUGUUUAGUCGGAUGUGCACAAGCAACCAGGAAAUCUGUCUCUAUUGUUGCUUAGCAUGUGUACACAGUUUUUUUCCCCUUCAUAAAAAUAUUUUUUCUCUUCUAUUUUUACUAUUCUCAUUCUAGACUGCCAAAAAGCAUAUAUAUAUAUAUAAGGAAAUCUAUUCCACAAAUCAUAUCUAUCCGUGUCAGGGCAAAAAAAAAAUAUUGUUCCCAGAACAAUCAGCCGUUUGUGCAAUUCCAAGUGAAAACUUAACAGUAUCUCUGAGUCAGUGAUUUCUACAUUUGUGACAAUCAAAAUGCCACUCACAUUCCUAGGAUGCACUUGAAAGCAGGAGGUGUUGACUGAGUGGAUCUCCGUUAAGCCCGACCAACUUUCAUCACUAUUACGUCUUAAACGAUCCUCGUUAUAGGCCUAAAGACUGCUCGCAAAAUCUCCAUCUUUCAUGAAGUGUUCAAACCAACAUAAACAUUAAAAGACUGCACAGCCACCUGCAUAUCAUACAAACCUGUCUGAGUUUGAAAAGACUGUGUGAGUGAUUGCCUGUGUACGCCAAGUUAUGUGAUGUUGGUACAUCAAUAUCGUCACCAAACACUAUAGAUAAAGAACUGCAAAUAAGGUUUGACUUGCUGCGUUUUAUAUAUAUAAUAUAUCUGCGCUGAGAUAUAUACAUUAUAUGUGGCCUACAAUAUAACGUGAAACAUCAAGCGCACUGGGCCACUCAUAGCUUGUUGUAAUAGACGGUCAAACACAUAUGUUUGCAGCAUUAAAAAGAAAGCGAUAAAAGCGUGAAAACAACCACUAUACUUGCAAGUCACUAAUUCUCUUGAUCGGAAACAGGUACACUGAUUUAAGAAAUUAUCCGUGGAAGCUGAAGGCAGUCAGCGCCACCCCAAACAGCCGCUUUCACUGGUUAAGAACGCGGAAGAAAUGGGCGGGCCUUGUUCCCUCAUCCCAGCGACCAAUGCCGUGCCUCGAAAGCGAUGAUUGACGCGUCCCUUCGCACCAAUCAACGCGAUCCAAACCAGCGCGUGAACAACCCACCCAGCUGGGUAUAUAUACAGCGAUGACAGCUCGCUAAGCCACUGCGUUUGCUUCAACAGACCAGUGAAAAGAGGAGACCUCGAACACAAAAGCGAUUCUUUCAACAAAACGACUUAGCGUUGCUCACAGACGUGUCAACAUGAAGGCAAUAAGUCCAGUCAGGUCUUUCCGGAAAAAUAACGCGAACGUGACGGAGCACAGUCUGGGAAUCUCACGGAGCAAGACCCCCGUGGACGAUCCUCUCAGCCUGCUGUACAACAUGAACGACUGCUACUCCAAACUGAAGGAACUGGUGCCCAGUAUCCCGCAGAACAAGAACGUGAGCAAAAUGGAAAUCCUGCAGCAUGUCAUUGAUUAUAUCCUGGACCUGCAGAUCGCACUUGACUCGAAUUCGGCGAUCACCAGUCUCCAUCACCCGCGAGCGGGGCAGGGGACGUCCAGAACCCCCCUGACAACUCUCAACACAGACAUCAGCAUCCUCUCAUUACAGACACCAGAGUUUCAAUCAGACUUGAUCACAGAGGACAGCAGGACACUUUACCGUUAAUCAGGUGUUUGGUUAAGACGCAAGAACGCACAGGACCUGGGAACUGACUUUUCCUCCCAUUUCUGUUCUCGGUCUGGAGUUUUUCUUUUUCUUUCCUGUAAUUGAAUCAAGAGACUUUUUUGCUUCUCAAAGGACAAUCUAUGUGAUGUGUUAUAAGUUUGGACAUUGAUUAUUUAUCUAUAAAAAAAAAAAAAGAAAAAAAGACUUGUUUGGUCCUUUCUUCAAGAGGAAGAAGCACUAUAUUCCCUGAAAAUAUGAGGGAAACAAAUGACAAGGCUCACAAGGAACAUUUUCUCUGCAAUGAGAAACCACUUUUUUUUUUUUUUUUCUUUCUUUUUUUUUUUUUUUUUUUUGUGAAGACCGUGUGGAGAGGAGAAGACGUGGUUAGUUACUGUACAAAGUUUAAGCCUGUUUUUGUCGAUUCGUUUGGCACAUGAAGGAAUGGACGUUGAAAAUGACAUGAUGAAACCUUGUGCAAACUCCCAGAGUUUGAUCUUGUAUAGUUGCAGAAAUUGGACUGUCAGUAUCUGCAAAGUGGUAUGCUGUAUGCUGAGACUUUUUAUAAAAGUAAUAUUGUAAAUCGUACCUUUUUUUUUUUUUUAAAAUACAAAAUAAAUCAAAUGCUCUAUUUGA